CCGGUCUCUCACUCUUUCCACCUGAAGUGGUCAAGUGGAAACACUAGAAACUAAAUACGCGGUACCGCCUCACUGACCCUAACCAGACCAAUACAGCCGUGAAUUUUCCCCGGACCACAACCAAAAGGUUGGAAUGGGCGUUUCCCUGGAUCUCUUCUACUGACCAGUCAGAUGCUUAGUUUCCUAUGGGGGUCGUUACUACUAUGGACCCGGAUUCGGGCAAGUUGGGUAAAAGUGGCCACACUCUGAUAGGAGCCAAUGUGGGCGCUCGAGGAAAGCACUACGUGUGCGGCUCAUUUGCCGCUUUCACUAACAUCAUCGUAACCUUCCCGAUUCAGAAAGUCCUGUUCCGGCAGCAGCUUCACGGCGUCCGAGCGACCGAAGCCGUCCGUCAGCUGCAGCGGGAUGGGUUGAGGCGUCUCUACCGAGGGCUCCUGCCUCCCCUACUGCAGAAAACCACUACCGUGGCCAUCAUGUUUGGCCUGUACGAGGAUUUUUCCCGGCUGCUUUUGCGGCACGCCCGUGGCAGCGGUGCACCCGAGCUUCUUACUCGGAGCACUGCCGCCGCGCUGGCCGGUACGGCCGAGGCCGCCCUCACGCCCUUCGAACGAGUGCAAACGCUGCUUCAGGACCACCGGCACAACGGGCGCUUUAACAACACCGCCCACACCUUCCGGACUCUCCUGCGGGAUUAUGGCGUGAGGGAGUGCUACCGCGGGCUGGUCCCAAUUUUGUUGAGGAACGGACCUAGUAACGUUCUGUUCUUCGGGUUACGUGGGCCCAUUAAGCAGCGGCUGCCCGAUGCCCGAACCCGGGUGGGUCACAUAGCCAAUGACUUUGUGUGCGGCGGGCUGCUGGGUGCAGCCUUGGGCAUCAUGUUCUACCCGCUGAACGUGGUCAAAUCCCGAGCGCAGGCUCAGGUCGGGGGUGAGUUUGUUCCCUGCCGGCAGGUGCUGAUGACAGUGUGGCGGGAAAGAGGCGGCAGCAUCGUGCUGCUCUUCCGCGGAGCGACGCUCAACUACCACCGAUCCUUGCUGUCCUGGGGGAUCAUCAAUGCAACUUACGAGCUUCUCCUGAAAAUUUUCUGAUGGAUAACGGAGUGCACUUUUUCCAAACCAAGCCAAAAUUGAGUGCGUUUUCCCUCUUUAAAAAAGGGUCUGAACACUGCCAGCGGCACUUAAAUGUAUAGUCCACUUAAAAAUGAAAAUACUAUUAUCAUUUACUAACCCUCAUGUUGUUCCAAAUUUGCAUGACGUUAUUUCUUCUGUGGAACACAGGUAUUUUGAAGAAACCAGUUUUGGUUCCCAUUGACUUGAAAUGUUCGGCUUUUGUUUUCUGCAGAAGAAAGAAAUGCAUGCCGGUUUGGAAUGACAUGAAGGUGAUUAAAUGAUGAUGGUAUUUUUAGGUGAAAUGUCUCUGUAACAUCUGCACUUAAUGAUCUGUAUACGGACGCCGUUCAUGUGCCGAUGCUGACAUAUAAAGUCUGCCCGUAUUGCUUGGCUACUAUAAGUGUUGUGAAAUGUAUCGCCACAUGUCUUGGCUCUCGUAUGUUUUGUAUUGGCUCUUUUACUCACUUUUAUGGAGAAACACGGAUGGAGAAAGCACAGUGUUGCACUACUGACAGUACAUUUCUACUUUUUUUUUUUUGUGGUUUUGUUUGAAAACCUGAUGCACAAACUCUGGACUGAAGUAUAGCAAGCCAUGCGUCUUCGUGAGUGUUACGUGCAGGUUGACAGAGCGUUCGUACACGGGUGUGACUUGUGGACCAUGCAAAGAGAGAGACGUCUGUACAGGCCCAUGAUAUGUUAUAUUGUUUUUGCCAAUCAAUCAGAAAACAUCCAGAUGUAUUCAAAGAUUUGUGAUCAUUUUCAUGAAAUGCUAUUUUUAUGUAACGAGUGUUUUGCGACAUAAAUGAAAUGUUCACAUUGUUGUGGGUGGAAAGUAAACAAGUAAUUUCUUUAA